AUGCCUCUAACCGCUGAUAUGGUGGGAUACUUGCAGAGGAAGCCACUCACCAGAAUUUUUGAGGCUUUCAGAAUUAUGUACUCCGUAAACUUUACCGUUUCAGGUGACAAAUUCUUUGGAAAUCCUAUCGGUCAGGUUGUAUCACGGACUCCACUCAUAAACUUAGUUGGUCAGUUAAGCCAUCACGUCCAUCUAGGGAAUUUUGAAUAUUCGGAGUAUGCAAAUCUCUACACUCGAAUGUCUUCAAUAUGCAGCUGGAUGGAGGCAACACCGUUCGACUUGGCUCCAUUCGAGCCAAUCGCUAAAUUAAUUUUAGACCAUGCUCCCGACCUGAAGGUUUGGCAAUCUCUAAUGCAGCUCGUUGACACGCUCGAGUUAAGCAUAAAAGAAAGCGACAAUCAAUCAAAUAAGCUCGUUGCAAACUCUAUAUUUAGGCGCGUUGGAGCACACCAUCGAGCCGAAAAGACGAUGGAAGAACUUAAGGAAUCGAUGCGUCAUGAGCUGUCUGGGUCAGUUUUCAUGGAUGUCAAAGGAUUCUGUUCAAGCAAAGCAGCGAUCGAGAAAACAAGACUAUCUAAAUGUAGAUACAUGCACGCCAUUGAAGCAACGCAAUGUCAUACGCUCGCUAAAGGACAAAUAGAGGGAGGUCAAACCGAUAGACAACUUGAUUAUUUUAUCAAACGAAGUGAUCUACCCAACAGCGACCGUCAUCACUGGCGUGAUAUACUUGUGGUUGGAGAGUUGACCAAACUACCAACUUCGGCUUUUCUGGAUAAGUUUCUCCAGCUUUGUGUCUACAUGAGUGAAGUGUUCUUGGCACAGCCUCUUCGAAAUUUUGUACACGGAUUCAUACUAUUCGGGACACAACUCCAGCUUUGGGUAUUUGAUCGAUCGGGACCGUAUUGUGAGUCUAUCAUUGAUGUUGGGAAAUCACAGAAAAAAUUGCAUGGAAUCGACCCAAAAAUCCGAUAUGACGGCGACAAAUUCAUCAUCAAGAUAAAGGUUCUGGGGCCAGUUGAAAUGCGGGAGCUCGUUCUUGACUUGAAGCCGUUAGUAAUUCAGUCGGCGUUUGUCUCUAGGGACACCACAGUUUAUUCCUCUUUGGAAAAAAGCUUUGUGGUGAAAUUCUCAUGGAAGAUAUGCGGGGGCACAUCUGAGGUAGACUUGCUCCAGAUUGCAGAGGAUGUCGUUGGAAUGGCUAAGCUUGAGGGAUGGCGUGACUUGGUACAAAUAAGCACUCUCCGAACGGGACUUCAAUUUACUCACCAAAUGGUGACAUUCACACGACCGGCUGAAAAGGUAUUAACUACACCAGUUGUUUUAAGUGGGAAGUCUAUCCAAGUGUUGAAGAGUACAAGCAAAGCUGAAUCCCGAAAGCGGAAGAGUGAAUCACAGAAGGAUGGGGAUGAAGUUGAAACGAUAGGUAAAUGGACAAGAAGUGGAUCAAAAAAAAAACCUCGAAGCGUUCCUGUGGUUGAAAUUAGAUCGCAGUCAAUUGAAAUGGCGCUGAGCUCGGAAACCACUUUGUCAGCCGAUGGUAACCUUAUUAUUCCUCAAAAUACACAGCGACGUAGCAGCCGCUUAGAGGAGCUGCAAACGAGUCAAUCUAUCGGCGUGAAGCGGAAAUGCCAUGAAAGCAUUGAUGUCAACGAACGAUUGAAAACAGUCCACUUUUCUGGCAAAUCAGUAGAGGUCAAAAGAGGUGUUGUUGAAAAACCAAGAAACUCUCAUGGGACUGAUUACAACCACUCAAGUAUUUCCAGCCAAAGUGAAGAAUCGUUGUCGUUGUCUAAGGGUGAUUUCAUCCCAUCUGACCUCAAAAUAGAAACGGUAAAAUAUGUUGAAAUACGGAAGCGCCAACAAGCAGCGGUCGCUAUAUCGCCAUUCGGGAAAUCAAUUAGUAAGUUCGACACGCCACUUGAAAUGAUAAUCGGGUUAUACGACGCUAUCAAGGCGCAUAGGUUACUACUUUUUGAUGCCAAUAUAUUACAUCGAGAUAUAUCGGUGAACAACAUCCUUCUUAAGCACUGUGAAGGCCCUAAGGAUUAUGGUGGCAUACUCAUUGAUCUUGACCUGGCCAUUCUAUUCAAGGGAGGUGAAGCACAAGGAAAACUAGAAGCGAUGACGGGCAAAAUUCAAUUCAUGGCAUUGGAAAUUCUUCAGAACAGCUUUGCACUAACAGAUGCCGUAGUGUCACACUCGUACCGCCAUGAUCUUGAGUCGAUUUUUUACGUCCUAUUGUGGAUUUGCAUACAAUCUCAUUGGCCGGACAAUAAGUCACCGCACUCGGCCUUUUUAAGAAAGUGGUAUUCUGGGGCUGCCGAGGAGAUUUACUCGAAUAAGGAGACCCAAAUGAAGAAAGGUACAUUCGGAGAGAAAGUCAUGAAAAGGAUUUCACCGGAUUUUGAAGAUAUCAAAAUCCUUGUUUGGACUUUCUGGAAUACCUUAUUCUAUAAGGAUAAAGAAUUCACAACGGGUACCGCUCCUGAUCCUGACACUCAAUAUGGUCCAAUAAUCGAGACAUUCGAAAAUACAAUUCUGCAUCUAAAGUCGUAA